CAUAAUUAUGUGUUGCAUAUUCGAAUGUGAUUAAAUCUGUAGCGACUAGCAAACCUUCGGACUUCGACCAGAAUUUGGUUGAUUUAAAUUUCCGAAUUCCCUUGUUUACCAACGCGUGAAAUCAUCAUUGGGACCAAAGGUCGAUUAAAGACAACAUUUGGUUACAUUGAACCGGUGGGAAUAGGACUCAAUGCCCAGAUUUAGCAUGGAUGAAAUCGGCGAUCUCAUCAAUUCUGGACAGACUAUCGAGGUGGUUUUGCAGGGCGGCGCUCCGUGGGGAUUCUCGUUGAAAGGCGGUGCAGAGCAUCACUGCCCACUCACAAUAGCGAAGAUUGAAGCUGGAGGUAAAGUACAUCACACAGGAGAUGUAAAGCUUGAUGAUGUGGUUGUAGGCAUCAAUGGAGUACCCUGCGACAAGCACGUAGAAGCUAUCCAGUUGGUAAGAACGGCUCAUCAUUCCCUAUCGCUGACACUCUUCAGGUGAGAUUUCCUUGAUUCCUUGUUGAUGGUUGAUUGAUGAAUUAUUUUACCCAACUUGUUGAAGGCAAGAAUAGGCCUGUCCUCAUCAGGUCGAGUUGGCCAAAUCAUCCGCUAUUUUAACUAUCCCGAUCGCAAGUUAGCCAGUUAAUUUGCGUCUUCAGCACGCAGUUGCAAUUAGCGGGAUCUUUGGUCAAGAAAAUAUACCGAGAAAUAUUGAUCUUGUUUCCUAAAUGUCCCGCUAUUUAGGAAAUAGCGGGCUAAUUUGCGCCCGUCCGAGCUAGUUUUUGAUUAGCGUAUUGGUCUGGUGAAGAUGCACUUUUGAGCUUCAGGAUAAUAUCCAGAGUCUGAAAAUAGCGGGUUGUUUGGCAAACUCCAGCUGAGGCCUUAUGAAAGGAUUUCAUGGUGGUGGUUGUAAUGGGGUUUGUUUUGAAUCUGGAACCUCCUAGUUUUGAGACCAACGUAAUACCACUUGGCCAUACCUCUUCUAAAAUACACAUACUCUUUAGUUUUUUUCUUCUGAUGUUCAGGAGAAUACCAUAUAUAAGCAACAAUAUUGUUUGGUGUGUGUGAUAAUAGUGAAUUCCUAAUAUCUUUAUCAUAAAGCAAGAAGGGAUUCAUUUCUUAGCAUAUUUUGUAUUCUGGUCACUUUCAACUUCUUGGAGUUUGAAGCAAUUCCUUACUUUUUCAUUUGUUUGAAAAAAUAAGACGUUCUAUAUCUCAAUGGAGGCUGAAUAACAAUUAACAUUCCUUCAGCUUGCACUCCCUUUAUAUUAGAGCCAAGAUCAAUUUCUUUUCUUGACUUUUGAAAGCAAUUUUUUC